AUGGGUCGUGAGGAGCAGGUUGAGGAACGAGAAGUCCUUGAUUCUAUCUUUCCGGAUGAGAUUGCUGAUAUCUCAGAGACAUCCUACCGCGUCUCGAUAGCAUUAGAUAUACCCGGUCAAGAUGAAGAUGCAGAAGUUCCAAACCUCGUCCUCACAGUCGCCUAUCCCGAAUCCUACCCCGACGUUGCCCCCAACCUCGACAUCACCUUCCCCCAAAAUGUUCCCCGAUUGCCUCAGCUAUCUCUACCAGAGGACAAACCACACUUGCUAUCGUCCAUCGACGAGACGAUAACCGAGUCUAUGGGUCAGGCGAUGGUGUUUACGCUCAUCAGCGCGCUGAAGGAGAGUGCGGAGCUGCUGAUUGGCGAGAGGUUGAAUGAAGUGCAGGCGGAGAAGGAUAAAGAGGCGGCCAAGGCCGAAGAGGCGGAGAAUGCCAAGUUUCACGGGGAGGCUGUGACGAGGGAGAGUUUUCUGGCCUGGAGGGCGGGAUUCCGGGGUGAGGUGGAGAGGGAGGAGGAGGAGAGGAGGAAGGUGGAGGAGGAGGGGAAGUCGAGGAAGGUGAAGAUUGAGGAGGGGAAGAUGAGUGGGAGGGAGUUGUGGGAGAGGGGGCUGGUGGGGAAGGUGGACGAGGAGGAGGAGGGGGAGGAGGAUGCUUUGAAGGGGGUGGAAGGGUUGAAGGUUGGGGAUUGA